AUGCCUUUGGUCUGGGAAGACACUGGACAUUGCCAUAGCCGAACACCCUGGAGCCAGGAGGUGUCCGAGACGCCGUGGGGGCCACCUCAACUCUCCUCGCUAACGAUGACGACAUGUUUCGAGUGCGGCAUUCGCCAAAGGAAGCGGUGGCCGUUCAAGUUGAGCACCCACACAACGGUUGACGAGUUGCCCGGCUACCCCCACCAACCAAACACUUCGCCGGGCAAAAAGUCCACCUCAGAAAAGACCAGGUUGCUUUCAUGUUCGACGAGGGGAACCCUGGGAUACUUGUGGCGUUGGGAGCCCACCCACUACCUUUGCAGCUCUGGUACUAAAGGAAAGCGAAGCAUUUAUCGACAGGGUGGAUAG